AUGUCACAGGAUCCGGAUAACAGCGUGGGAAGUCCCUUUGAGGACAGCUAUGAGUUCACGGCUGAUGAGUCAGACUUCCGGUUUGUCCCAGGAAGCUCUAUCACAAAUACACCACGUUCUACGGCCCCUCCUAGUGGGAGGUCGGCUUCCAAAAGAUCGCAACGCUCGCAGUUCCAGGACACAUCAUUUGAUACCGCGGAUGAGUAUGAAGAUGAUGUGUUCGGAAUGACAAAGUCCGAUUCGAAAAAGUUCUCUACGGUCAAUUUGCAGGAUGCACAUGUUAGAUUUGAGGGUCAGGGAAGCGAGGACGAUGAAGAGGAGGGCGAUUAUGUAGGCGAUUUGCCACGGUCAAAUAGCACGGCCAUCAAGAGACACAGAUGGGGUACUCAGAGACGGAAGGACGGAAACCCCUUGUCCAGAAAUAAAACGUUCAAACGGAGUAUUUCGAAGAAAAUGCCGGGCCGGAGAAUGUUCAGCGGCGGAGAUUCUGCUGAAAGGGACGACGAUAACGAUGAUGGAAGUCAAGAUCGAUCAUCAGAAAAGAGGAACAUCUAUUGGAACCUUGCUUUGCCGGACAACGAAAAGGACAGUGAUGGCAAUCCUCCAGAAUACACAAGAAACAAGAUUCGGACCACCAAGUAUACACCACUGUCAUUCAUUCCUAAAAACUUGUACUACCAAUUUGAAAACGUCGCUAACAUCUACUUCUUGAUCAUGAUUAUAAUGGGAGCCUUUGAGAUUUUCGGAGUUCCCAGCCCUGCAUUAUCAGCCGUUCCACUGAUUGUUAUUGUGGCUAUUACGGCAUUCAAAGAUGCGCUUGAAGAUUCAAGACGUACAGGUUUGGACCUUGAGGUCAACAACCAAGUCACUCACAUUUUGAAGGGCAUGGAUAAUCCUAAUUUCAAUGGGGAGCAUAUCAGCUUGUGGAGGAGAAUAAAGAAAUUUUCAUCUCACCGUAUGCUGGAUUUAAUCCAUAAAGUGAAGGGCAAGAAAACAAUAGAUCCUCUUAGAGACGAUCCAGCAGAUAUUAGAAAGUCGAUAGAUAGCUUCGAUUACAGAAAAAGUUUUCAGGGCGACCAUGCUGCUAGCUCAGCAUCGCUGACUAGUGAUGCAGCAGCAGAUCCAUUUUCGGACAAGAAUGAGGAAAUUGGAGGAGAUAUGUUUUCGACCAGAAUUGAGCCAUUUACAGCUCCUCCCUCAUCCACGAGUCACAAUAAUUUGAAUCCAACUUUCAAAAAAGAUUAUUGGAAAAAUGUUCACGUCGGUGAUAUUGUUAAGAUCAAAGCUAAUGAGUCGAUACCAGUUGAUCUUUUAAUUUUGUCAACUUCUGAUGCUGAUGGGGCUUGUUAUACUGAGACCAAGAAUUUGGACGGUGAAACUAAUUUGAAAGUCAAACAGGCAUUAAAGUGCUCAUCGGCAUCAAUCAAAUCCGUUAAUGAUUUAGCCAGAUGCAAAUUUUGGCUGGAGAGCGAGGGACCGAAAGCCAACUUGUACAAUUAUCAAGGAAACCUAAAGUAUUAUGUUGCUGGAGAUGAUACCAACAAAAUGUCUAAUGAGCCGGUUACAAUCAAUAACAUGCUCCUUCGUGGUUGUACAUUGAGAAACACUAAAUGGGUUGUUGGAAUGGUUGUCUUUACUGGUGACGAUACAAAAAUUAUGAUGAACGCUGGCGUAACACCUUCCAAAAGAUCAAGAAUCUCUCGUGAACUGAAUGGUUGUGUCGUUUUCAAUUUUGUUUUGCUUUUCCUUUUAUGUUUUGUCAGUGGUUUGGUUAAUGGAAUUUACUAUCACAAACCGUAUACCAUCAGGAACUAUUUUGAGUAUGGAACUAUUGCGGGUUCGGCAGCUGCAAAUGGUGUUCUUGGAUUUUUCGUUGCGCUGAUCUUAUACCAAUCUUUGGUCCCGAUCUCUCUUUAUAUCUCUAUUGAGAUCAUCAAAACAGCACAGGCAUUUUUCAUUUAUUCAGAUGUUAACAUGUACUAUGAGAAGCUGGAUUAUCCAUGUACCCCAAAGUCUUGGAAUAUCUCUGAUGAUCUCGGUCAGAUUGAGUACAUUUUCAGCGACAAAACUGGUACCUUAACGCAAAAUGUGAUGGAAUUCAAAAAAUGUACAAUUAAUGGUGUCACGUAUGGGCGGGCUUAUACUGAAGCUUAUGCGGGUAUUAGAAGACGUCAAGGAAUUGACGUUGAAGAAGAGGCUGCCAGGGAGAAGGAAGAGAUCGCCAAAGAUAAAGUCGAAAUGAUCAAUAUGCUGAGAGUCAUUAAUCAGGGAAAACUAUCACCAGAUGUCCAAGAUGAGCUGACUUUCGUCUCGAAGCCAUUCGCGGAAGACUUGAAAGGAAACUCUGGAAUCGCCCAAAAGCAGGCUUUGGAACAUUUUAUGCUUGCGCUAGCUCUGUGUCACAGCGUUCUAACUGAGCCAUCAGAAAAAUACCCAGGAAAAAUGGAGCUAAAAGCACAAAGUCCUGACGAAGCAGCACUUGUGGCUACAGCGAAAGACGUUGGGUUUGAGUUUGUCAGAAGAACUAAAAAGGGUCUGGUUCUGAACGUUCAAGGUGUUGAGAAGGAGUAUCAAAUUUUGAACAUUUUGGAGUUCAACUCGACUAGAAAAAGAAUGAGUGUUAUGAUAAAGAUUCCUCCAACGGAUAAAAACAAAGAGCCAACUGUUCUUUUGAUUUGUAAAGGUGCUGACUCCAUUAUUUAUUCUAGAUUGGGCCAAUCGAACGAUCAGGAGUUACUAGACAAAACCGCGAUCCACCUAGAGGAAUUUGCAACAGAGGGAUUGAGAACCUUGUGCAUUGCUCAGAGAGAGCUAACGUGGUCCGAAUAUGAAGAAUGGCAGGCCAGACACAAUGUUGCAUCUUCUGCUUUGGAUCAAAGGGAAGAAAAAAUGGAAGAGGUUGCUUCUUCCAUUGAACAGGAUUUGACUCUUCUCGGAGGAACUGCUAUUGAGGAUCGUCUUCAAGAUGGUGUUCCUGAUUCGAUUCAACUUUUGGCAAAGGCAGGUAUCAAGCUUUGGGUUUUGACCGGUGACAAGGUUGAGACUGCCAUCAACAUUGGCUUUUCCUGUAAUAUGCUAGAAAAUGGGAUGGAUUUGCUUGUCAUCAAGACAUCAGGAGACGACAUCGAAUCUUUGUUCACCGAAGGUGAGAUUAAAUCUUUAGCUGGGGACAAGUCGGAAUUGGUUUUGGCUCUUAUUGAGAAAUACCUGAACACACAUUUUGACAUGGAAGGUUCAUUGGAAGAGCUUCAGCGUGCCAAGAAAAAUCAUUCUCUUCCCACUGGAAACUUUGGCUUGGUCAUUGAUGGUGAAGCCUUGAAAUUGGCACUCAACGAGAAAACAAAGUACAAAUUUCUACUUUUGUGCAAACAAUGUAAAGCUGUCCUUUGUUGUCGUGUUUCUCCCGCACAGAAGGCUGCGGUGGUGAAGCUUGUUAAGGAAAGUCUGGAUGUCAUGACCUUGGCUAUUGGUGACGGAUCCAAUGAUGUGGCUAUGAUUCAGGCCGCUGACGUCGGUGUUGGUAUCGCCGGUGAGGAAGGAACCCAAGCCGUGAUGUCGGCAGACUACGCUCUUGGUCAAUUCAGAUAUCUGGCAAGAUUGGUUUUAGUUCAUGGAAGAUGGUCCUAUAAACGGCUUGCAGAAAUGAUUCCAAGUUUCUUCUACAAAAACGUGGUUUUCACGCUGGCACUCUUUUGGUACGGAAUUUACGACGAUUUCGACGGAACAUACCUGUUCGAAUACACGUAUUUGAUGUUCUACAACUUGGCAUAUACCUCACUGCCAGUCAUUUUCAUGGGCAUUUUCGACCAAGAUGUUCCGGGACAUAUCUCCUUGUUGGUGCCUCAGCUUUACCAAACUGGCAUUUUGAGGACCGAAUGGACAAUGGAAAAAUUUUGGUGGUAUAUGACGGAUGGUUUUUACCAAUCGUUGAUUUCAUACUUCUACCCUUACUUCCUCUACUACAAGAAUAGUGUUGUCACUUUCAACGGACUGAGUUUGGAUCACAGAUACCUGGUUGGUGCCCUGGUCGCAACCAUCGCCACCACUUCAUGCGACUUGUAUGUUCUGUUCCAUAUUCACAGAUGGGAUUGGCUGACGGUUCUUAUUAUUUCUCUAUCGAUCCUUGUGGUGUUUGGAUGGACCGGUGUUUGGUCGUCAUCUACCUAUUCGGGAGAAUUUUAUAAGUCGGCUGCUCGCAUGUAUGGCACACCAUCUUUUUGGGCAUGUUAUUUCCCCGGUGUUUUAACUUGUAUUUUACCAAGAUUCGCGUAUGACUUCAUUUGCAAACUGUGGUAUCCGAAGGACAUUGACAUUAUCAGGGAAGCCGUUGCCAAAGGAGACUUUGAUCAAUAUCACGAGGAUUAUGAUCCAACAGAUCCAGAUAGAGCAAAAAUCUCAAACUACACUAAAGAACAGUUGGCGGAGGCUCCUAUUCAUCUACCGGACACGCCUGUCUCUCCUUUCAGAGAUUCGAUCAAUGGAACAGGUGGAAAACGUGCGUCAGUCUUCCAGCGACUAUUCAAAAAAAACAGGGACUUAACCGCAUCUCCAAUUCCAAUUUCCGAAUCUGUGGAUACUCUGGCUACGGAAGAAAUUGAAAUGGAAUUUACAGGUGGUUACAACCAUGAUGGUUUGCAGAGACCUUCUUUGACCGUGAAAAGAGACCCUCGAAUUAUGACAGAUGCUGACCGAAUGGCUCGUCUUAGAAGCCGGAUCAGUCGGAACUCUCUGGACGCUAAUAGACAGAGGUCCUUAGAUUUGACAAGACAGCAAAUGGAGGAAUUGGAAGGCCGCGAAUCUUCCCCCCAACGUUUGCGUUCAAGCCUAGAAAUUCCUGGUGUGACGACAGCUGAGAAUUUGAUAGGGCGUCUUUCAAAAGAACAUGAAAGAGAAUGA